AAAUUUUCUGGCAGCAGCAACACCAUCAUGAUGCUCGAAGAUUUGCUCAAAGAGUUCCCUGCCCUCCCUGAAGAAGACACGGAACCACUUCUGCCCCCACCUCUGCCACAUUCUGAAGCUGGGUACUUCUACGGCUAUAAAAUCAUGGAUGACUUUGACCGAAAGAACACAACUCACCUUGAACGUGUCUACCAGAUCGACUGUGCGCCGAGCAUGAAGAAUCUUGCUCAGCUCAUCAUGGAGCGAAAUACUAUCCUGGUCCUUGUUGCGGUCUACAGCACCGAAGCGAAGGCCGUCGUCGGCUGCGAAAGCGGAACGGAGCGUAUUCCCAAUAAAAUCCUUAGAGAGAAACUGGAGAAAGAAUUUGGCGUCACGGAGGGUCCGCAGUGGCAUCUGGAUGACGGGACCUUUUUCUGGGCCUCCGGUGCUGCCGAGCGUUUUCGGUACUGUUGGAGGCGACCAGUCAUGCCGAUGCCGAAAUAG